AUGAAGAUGAUGAAGGGCAAGCAUGUGGUCAUCACCGGCGGCUCCACUGGCAUUGGUUUCGCCUGUGCCAAACGUUUCCUGAGAGAGGGAGCCUCGGUUACCCUGAUGGCUCGGAACGCGGCCAAGCUGGAAGAGGCAGCACGGGAGCUGCAGCAGUAUACCAGGGAGUCUGCUCACAAUGGAACCAAUGGCUUUUUUCCUACUCCCAGAAUCUUCACUCAGGCAGUGGAUGUCUCUGAUGCCAAGGCGGUGCAGGCAGCCAUAGACGCAGCAGCAGCUGCGUGCCCCAUAGAUGUGCUGCUGUGCAACGCUGGAGUGGUGCGCACAGGCCAUGUGGAGGACAUUUCCGCACUGCAGGCCCAGGAGCAGGUCAACACGAACCUGCUGGGAAGCAUCUACCCUGUGCAGGCUGCAGUGCCGCUUUUGAAGGAGAGGGUUGCACAAGGAGCGGAGCCAGGUGCCAUUGUCUUCAUGUGCUCACUCUCUGCUCUGGGCGACGUGCUGCACUGGGUAGACCUCUUGAACCACUUCGACGCCUUCCUCGAAGCUUCCGUGAAAUCGCGCAAGGAUUCGCAGUUAGAGGGCCGGUUCGCGGGCGUGGAUCCGCCGUUCCCUCGGGAUGCGGUGCUGCAGGUGCUGCGGGUGUCGCGCGUUAUCCUCGAGAACUCCGUCAACAAGCACCUCUACGCGUCCGUUGAGCACGUGUGCACGCUGCUCGCGAGCACGGACCUGGACGUGCUGUCAGCGAGUCUCGAGCUGCUCUCAGUGUACGGCAAGAAGCCCUUCCAGCCAGGUCGCAGCACGCGCUGGCAUGCGGAUCCCGCCAUCACAGCGCGCCUCUUCGCCCUCGCGCAGGCAUGGGGCGGCAAGGAGGAGGGCCUUGGCAUGCUGCCCUGCGCGCUCCAAGGGGGCCUGGACGCGUCCGCUCUGUCCCUGGGAGGGACGUUGCACUUCGAGUUUUAUGCGGAGGGGCCUGCUGGAGUGGGGGCGGUGGGGCAGGGUCAGGGGCUGGGUGGGAGCGGUGGAGAGGGGUUAGAGGGUCAAGAGGACAAGGCUGGUGAGGCAUCGGCUGGUGCUCCCUCCGCUUCGCCCUCUCCUGCUGCACCUGCCGCUGCUUCGACAGGUCUAUCACCUGGUUUGAGGGUCAUCCACGUGCCUGGGGUGCAAGAGCACGUGCAGCUGCAGGGAAUCUCCGAGCUCGACUUUCUCCAGGGCCUGGUGGAUCAAUACUCCGUGCCCUCCGCCCUCCGCUUCUCCCUCCUCACCCGCCUCCGCUGCGCCUACUCCUUCCCGCUCCUCGACUCGCGCCGUCGCUUCCUCUGUGUGCGCCUGCUGGCCUUCCGAGUGCUGCUGCUCGCCACACCAGAGCCAGACGAGCUCACUGCUUUCUUUGCCAACGAGCCUGAGUUCGUCCCGGAGCUAAUUUCGCUGCUCAAUGCGGAGAGCCUGGUGCCUGAGGAGGUUCGGAUGUACGCGCUGCUAGCCCUGGCUGCCAUGGCGCAGGACCGGCCACGCCAGUCCACGGUCCUCAGUGCCAUCAGCACUGGCGGGCACCGAGCCACCUUGCCAAGCCUGAUGCAGAGGACCGUGGCUCAGCUUGGGAAACCAGGAGGCUGCUCGCCGAAAUUUGUUGACGCGCUGUUGGUCCUCAUUGCUGCGCUGGUAUCCUCCUCGUCGGGUUGCACCGCUCUUCGGGAGGCAGGCUUGGUGCCGACCCUGCUGCCUUUGGUUCGGGACACCAAGCCUGAGCACAUGAGUCUGGUGACAUGGUCAGUGCAGAUCCUAGAAGCCUUCAUGGAUUUCUCCAACCCUGCAGCAGCACUCUUUAGGGAAUUGAACGGGCUAGACAUGUGCGUGGACAGACUCAGGCUCGAGGUCGCUCGAGUUGAGCCCACUCUCCUGCCUGUUCAGGGUUUAGGGUCUAGCAAAACCCCAGCUGGUGGUGCAGCUGAGGGUGCUGGUGAGGGGACUGCUGGUGGGGGGAGUGGCAGUGGCUCGGCUGGUGCAGGAGCCACUGGUAUGGAUGAGGAUCGCAAGGGCAAGGCUCCGAUGGUGGAAGAGGAGGGUGCAGGAGGGGCAGCAGGCGUAGGGUCGAGCGGCGGCGCUGGUACUGCAUCACCUGCUGCUGCUGGCGGAUCCGCUACAGCGCCAGCAGUGCUGACCUACCGGCAGCGCAGCCUGAUUAAAGCCCUGCUGCGCGUCAUCUCUCUGGUCAGCUUCGCACCAGGCAGCACUGUCAGGCUCGCCUCAGCCUCCCCCGAGCAAGGGGGCAUGGGACGGCUGCCGGACUGCCUGGCGGCCGUGUUUCGGCACGCGAAGGAGUUCGGAGGAGGCGUGUUUGCGCUGGCAGCGUCGGUGAUGAGCGAGCAGAUCCACCACGAGCCCACCAGCUUCGCUGUGCUGGAUGCUGCCGGGCUGCCCAAGACGUUUGUGGACGCUGUCAAGGCUGGCGUGUUACCGUCGUCAGAAGCCAUCUGCGCCAUCCCCAACGCUCUCCUCGCCUUCUGCCUCAACCAGCGCGGGCUACAGCUCGUCACAGACUCCCACGUGCUCGCCUGCCUGCCCGCCCUCUUCACCUCGCGCCAGUACGCGCGCCCCCUGGCGGGGGACACGGCGUCCGUGCUGGGAUCCGGGCUGGACGAGCUCAUGCGCCACCAGGUGAGCCUCCGCCAGCCCCUCAUGGGCGCAGUUGUGGGCGCCCUUAGGGAGAUUGCACGCAUGGGGGGCCUGGAGGAGCGGAAGGGGAGGCGAGGGGGAAGGGGAGGGGGGGAGGGAGGGGACUCGUGGGAAGGGGAGAUGCGGGGAGGAGGGGAUGGUGGGGGGGAGGAGGGGGUGAGGGCGAAGGAGGAUGAUGCGGAUAGCGGGAGGCCGGUGGGGAGUGGCGGGGGCGGGGAGGAGGGGGCAGCAGGAGUGGGGCAAGGAACAGGGGGAGGGACAUCAGGGGCGGGUGCAUGUGGUGCGGGUGCGUCAGGGGAAGGCGCACAAGGGCAAGGUAGCAGACAGGAUGGGGAGGGUGACGCGGCUGUGCCCAUGGAAACAGAUGGGGGGAACCAGGGGGCAGAGGCAGAAGCAGCAGCAGCAGCGCCAGUCGCUGCAGCAGCCACAGGGGAGCAGCCACGGGUUGAGACCGAGGAGGGCCAGAGUGUGUCUCCAGGAACAGCAGGGGAGGCACUGGCUUCUGGCGUGGUUGCAGAAGAGCCGGCGGUAGAGACAGUGGGAGCUGGAUUGGCGGUUCCUGGUUCGGAAGCAGUUAUGGCCGAGGCAGAACCGGCAGAACCGGCAGAAGCAGGAGCAGCAGGAGAGGCAGCAGGAGCAGGAGCAGCUGGGUCGGCAGGUACUGGGGCAGCUGCUGCUACCACCGCUGUCACCACCACUGCCACCACCACAAGCAGCGUCAAGGAGACGCUCACCCCAGCAGAGCUAGAGGCGUUCCUCCCAGACUGCAUCAGCAACAUGGCUCGCCUGCUGGAAGCCGUUCUCUCCAACGAAACCAGCAGCCGCGUCUUCCUUGACCUCCGCGGCCUGGACGCACUCCUAGCACUCUACACACUGCCGCGCCUGCCGCUGCUCUUCGGCACGUCCCCUGCCGCCCAGGGGAUCUCCAUGACCAUGAGGGCGUUCGGGCCCAGCCACGCCUCUGCUGUGUCCCGCGGGGUGGCGUCCACACUCAAGAAGCAUGUCAAGUGUGCCGUCGCGUUUGUCACUACGUCCCUCUCGUCGUUCUCCCCUGCUACCGCACCUCCUGCCUCUGAUGCUGUGGGUGCUGCUGCCACAGCCGCUUCAACAGUCCCUGCUGCUGCUGCCGCUGUACCAAGUGGUGCUGCUGCAGGAGCUUCAGGUGCAGGCUCAUCUGCAGUAACAAUCGGGCGGCGCCAGUUGUCUGACCUGGACGUGGAGUCACGGGAGUCGCUCCUGCGCGCCCUGGGAGUAGCAGAGAGCCUGCUCUCGCUCUCCGCCGUGCUAGUACGCGCCACUGCUCUCUCUGUCCCCGACCUCGCGUCGUCCAGCGGAGAGGUGUUCCGAGACGUGGCUGUGCUUCACAGAGAGGCGCUCUGGCAGCUCGCCGUGCUGGAGCACAAGGGAGUGCCGCCUCCUGCCCCCGCCGCCGCUUCUUCUGCUGCUGCUGCUGCAGCAGAGGCUGGGGGGAGUGUAGGGGGAGGAGGAGCAGGGGGAGGAGAGGGAGCAGGCCCUGAUAAUGGUCCUGAGGCAGGGGUGAGCGGCGCUGCUGAUGCUUCUGCCGCUGCCGCUGGUUCAGCUGGUGUGGGGACCACAGAUGCUGCGGGGAGGAAGAAGCCAGAUGGUGCCGUACAGAAGGAGGUGCUUGGGCGGCUAGUAGUGGCCGUGCGUCUGUUUGAAGUAGCCGUUGGGAAGGCGAUAGUUCCUUCUCGAAGGCGGGACGAUGCUGUGGUGCUGACAGGGCAUGCGAAGGUGGCCUCAGCAGCCCUCGCACAGACCUUCCAGGAGAAUUUAGGUUUAGGGUUUGCCGGGUGCGACCCGGGGAGGAGCAGCAGUGUGGAGGCGUGCUCUAGUGAGGAGAUACUGGAUUGUCCGGCAGUGCGGUGUGUGUAUCUGGGGAAGAUUGUGGAUGAUAUGUUUUCGCUGAUAGUUGAUCCGCGGCGGCACACGUGCAACAGCAUGCUGCUGAGAUUCUUCCACGCGCAUGGGGCUGUGAAGCAGCUGUUUGCGUCGCUGCAGUGGGUGGUGCGGGUGAUGUGGGCCGAGCAGGAGCGGCAGGUGAAGGAGCGGAAGGAGAAGGCUGAGGGGGGCGAGAAGGAGAAGGCAGAAAAGGAAGCGGGCAGUGUGGGAGUAGAGGUAGCAGGAGGUACAGUGGCUCAGAUGGAAACGGAUGGGUCAACCGAUGCAGCAGCAGCAGCAGUAACGGGGGAGAAGAAGAGCGCAGGUGACGGCUCUAAGGAUGGGGGCAACAAGGGCACGGGUUCUCUUGUGGGAUCCGGUUCCUUUUCGCUGCCUCCGUGGCUGCACUCCCCUCUGCAGAGCUAUUUCCGUCUCAUGGACUGCCUCACCAACUCCCACCUCCUGCUCGCCCCCUCCUCCACCAGCAUUUUCCUCACCCACCAGCUCUCCCGCUCAGUUGAACCCGCCCCAGCUAAGCCUGAGGACUUCCUUCGGGCCAUGCAGUCGCAGGUGCUAUCUAUCAUGCUGGACGUUUGGUCCCACCCGCUCUUCUCCCAGUCUGGUCUUGCUGUUAUCUCCCCGGUGGUGACUCUGCUCACCCGUGUGCUUCAAGGGUUGAGUGAAACCGCUCCAGCAGCAGCAGGGGGUUCUGCUGCUGCUGCUGCUGCGGGUGCAGGGACUGGUGCAGGGGCAGGUGCAGGAGCGGGCGGAGCGGCAGCAGCAGGGGCAGGAACAGGGGCAGGGGCAGGUGGAGCGAGCGGCGCAGGGGGGCAGGGAGGUGCAGCAGUGUCCGCAGCUGCCCUGGCUGCUGCGGUGCUGGGAGGGCGGAUGCCGCCUGGACCUGUACCCACUCCAGUAGAUGAGGCUUUAUUGGAGCUGAUAGUAGAAAUGGGGUUCCCUAGGGAGCGGGCAGAGGAGGCCUUGCGGCAGGUGGGGAACAAUCUAGAUCUCGCUAUGGAGUGGCUCAUUAGCCAUGUGCCAGAUGAGCCUCCCUCGGAAGAAGACGAGCUCGCCCGCGCGCUCGCUUUGUCUCUUUCUGGUAAUGAUGGGGACGGCGGAGGUGGGACUAGUGCGGGUGGGCAGCAGGGUGGGGAGGAGGGAGCAGGUAAGGCAGGAGAAGGGAAAGAGGGGGAGGAGAAAGGGAAGGGAAAAGAGAAGGAGAAGGAGGAGAAAGAGGAGGAGACGGGAGGAGAGAAGGAGGGGCGGAAGGAGGUGAGGGUGGAGGAGAUGUUGGGGACGAUAGUGCGGGUGUUGAGGGACGGGGGGGAGGGCGCUGUGUUUCCCAUGACCGACCUCCUGCUCGCACUCUGCAGGCGCAACGCUGGCACAGACAGGGCUGCUGUCGUGACGUUUCUGGUGGGGCAGCUGAAAGAGUCCUGCGGGCAGGCGAAAGAAUCCCCUAGCCGCGUCGAGAGUGAGAAGCAAGGCAGCAGCGAGGGAAAAGAUUGCGGAGCAGAGAAAAGGGAGGAGGAGAAGGCUGCUGCUGCUGGUUUACCAUCUUCGCUGCAGGCCUUGCAAUCCGCCUUGGCGCACUGCUUGGCUGUGCUGCUCUCAGAAGACCUGCCCUGCUCGGACAUAGCAGCCAAGGAGGGCCUCGCUGCAGUUGCUCUUCACAUGCUCUCUGGGUACGUCUCGUCUGUCUGCCCCGACUACCACCCCCCGACUCUCCCUCUUGCUGCACUCGCCUCACCUCCCAGCAAGAGCCGGUCGCAGCAGCACGGCAGUGCAGGGGUGGCGGGUCAGCGGGUAGAGGGUAAAGCAGGUGCGGAUGAGGUGACAGGGGGGAAAGGAGGGCAAGGGGGAGAGGGGCGUGAGGGGCUUGGGGAGGUGCCCAAGUGGGUGCCGUCUCUGUUCCUGGUGCUGGACUCCCUCGUGCAAUGGAAGGUGCCUGGCACAGGGGUACGAGGGGAAGCAGGUACAGCAGUGGCAGCGGGAGCAGCGGGAGCAUCAGGGGCAGCAGGGGCGACAGCAAGCACAUGGGGAGCGGCAGCAGCAGAUGCACCUAUCUCCUUCGCGUCUAUACUGGCAGGUGUUGCAGGUGGGGCAGGAGCAGCAGCAGCGGAUCCAGGUGCAACCGCUGCAGCACCUUCCGAGCCAGCUGGUACUGGUGCAGCUGCUGCUGCCGGGGCGUCACAGGCUCCAUCCGGGGCAGGUGUAUCUGCCACGGCCGCCCCAGCAGCCAGCAAGGGCAAGGAGGCAGCAGAGGCAGAGAAGCGAGAGGGCAAGGAGGAGAACCGGUUCACAGAGAUCGUGGGGCUGUCAACAGGGUACCUAUCAGACGACGAGAAGGCCCAAGCCAUGGCCCUCAUCUGCCCUCUCAUCCGCUGCCACCCCCCACCGUCUCUCUGCCAGGCUCUCCUCCACCUCGCCUCCCGCCUCUCCCGCUCGCACCCCGUCGCCCUCCUCUUUCUGGACCAGGGUGGGGUGGCGGCGCUUCUCGCCCUCCCGUUCUCUUCGAUUUUCCCGGGGUUUGAGAGUCUCGUGUCGGCGGUGGUGCGGCAUGUGCUAGAGGACCCGUUCACGCUGCUGCAUGCUAUGGAAGCGGAGAUCAGGCACAGCCUCACCACGCUGGCAACUCAGCAUGGGGGCCGUGUGUCCCCUCGUGUGUUCCUGGGCGCUAUGAGUCCUCUUGUCGCCCGUGAUCCGUCCGCGUUUCUGCAGGCGGUGGGGAAUGUUUGUGAGGUGGAGAGCAUUGGCCAGACCGCUCACCACCACUCCUCACCACUUGCAACCUCUCCGCAAACCUCUCCUCCGCCGCCCCAUCCCCCUACUGGUCACUACAGCAAGUCAGCGGAUGGCAAGGUGCUGACGUGGGUGUCUAAGUCAGGGCGGGUGCGUAAGGUCCCCUGGAGCUUCGCCUCUGUGGUUGACCAGCUCCUGACAUACCUGCAGCAAUUCCCGCCACCUGAAAAAGCACCUGUGAAAGCAUCUGAAAAAGCACCUGGGAAGCUGCCUGAGGAGCAUGGGGCAGCUGCAAUGGAGGUUGGGGUUGGUGGUGGUCUGGGAGGGGAGGCAAUGGAGGUGGACGCAGAGGGGGUUGAGAAUAAAGCAGCUGAAAGAGGAGAGAAGGAAGGGGAGAAGGAGCCAGGGAAGGAGGAGAAAGAGAAGGCAAAGCAGCGGCAGCAGGAGGAGGAGGAGAAGGAGAGGGCGGAGUUUGCAAUCUCGCGAACCACGCUGGUGCUGCGGCUGCUCACAGAGAUCCUACUGGCCUAUUCUGCUGCCAGCACUCUCGUGCUCCGCAGGGAUGCAGAGUCUGCUGCAGGCACUUCAGCAGCAGCGGUGGGUGCAGGUUCGGGUGCAUCAGCCGGGGUGGGCACGCCACAGCCGCACAGGGGAACCACGUCCCGUGCACACAAGCACACUCCAGACAAGCACGAACACAAAUCCAAACCUGACUCCCACCAGCACCACCAGCACCACCAACUACAGCCUUCACCAGGUAAGCCUGACGCAUCAGCAGGCGUCUCUGCAUCGGCAUGGGCAUCUCGAGGGGGCAUAGUGCACCACGUGUUACACGAGCUGCUGCCAUACCUCAGCGACAAGCCCAGCACCGCAUCAGCAGCAGCAGGAAGCACAGCAACAGCGCAGGGCGGGUCCUCCCACCCAGGGCACCACCGGCUGGGCACCCAGGCGUCUGCAUUCCUCAUUGCGCUGUGCGUGCGCUCGGGGGAGGGCCGGCGCCGCGUGCUCUCGGAGAUUUCCAAGUCGCUGAGCCGGUUUGGGAAGGAGGAUGGGGGGAGGACAGGAGAGGUGCGGCAGCAGGAAAAGGCAGGAGCAGCUUUGACAGGAGAAGCAGCUGCAGCAGGAGCAGGAGCAGCAGGUGGAGUAAGGGAAGGUGGGGCAGCAGUGGUUCCGGGUUCAGAAGCAGCUGCAGUUGCGGCUGUGAAGCUGCAAGUGCCCAACAAGCAGGUGAGGUCGUUCCUUGACCUCAUGAACGCGCUGCUCUCCACGCAAUCGUCCAAUGGGAGCAAUCCACCUGGCGGCCCGGGCAGCUCUGCACAAGGCUCCGCCUUCGCUGCAGAAAUGGCCAAGACGGCUCUUGAAGUGGGCAUGCUGCCAAACCUCCUGGAGACUCUGAGUGUAAUUGAUCUAAACCACCCAGAUUCCCCGAAGCUGGUGAAUUCGAUCCUCAGGGCUCUGGAGGUGCUCACCCGAGCCUCAGCUUCGGAAGCUCGUGCCGAGCCUGGGAGAGGUCUGGCAUCAGGGCAGCGUGUUUCAGUGGGUGUAACCAGGGCUGUAGGUUCGGGAAGGCAGGAAGCAGGCUCGGCAGGGGCUGGAGGGGUGCCGAGCCAAGCAGCAGCGGAAGGGGGUGCAGCAGUGGCAGAAACAGGUGCGGAUAGGGGGACAGAAGAAGGAGGUGGGGCAGCAGGUGGGGCUGAUACAGCCAUGGAUGAUGCUGGGGGGGAGGGAGGGAGAGUAACAGCGUCUGGAGGUGAAGAGGCAGGAGCAGACGCUGGGAGUGGGAGGAUGCGAGGGGGUGAUGAGGAGGCGAGGCAGCAGGGAGGGGAGGAGACAGGUGGAGCAGGGGCGGAAGGGGGACGUGCAAUGGAGCAGGAUGAGAGGCAUGGGGGGGAGGAGGAGGAGGAGGAAGGGGGGAUGGCGCAUGAAGCAGAGGCGAUUAUAAGAAGAGUAGAGGGCGGAGGGGGCAUGAGAGGGCCCAUGCAGCUGCGGUUCCAGAUCCGAGAAUUUGAUGAUAUGGGCGCGGAUGAGGAUGGUGAGGAGGAUGAUGAUGGGGAUAUGGAGGGAGAGGAGGAUGGGGAGGACGACGACGAUGGGGAGGAUGAUAUUGAGGAUGGGGAUGAGGAGGAUGAGGAGGAGGGGAUGGAGGAGGGGGAUGAGGAGGACGAGGAUUUGGAAGAGGAGGAAGAUGAGGAGGAGGAUGAUGAUGAUGAGGAUGACGAGGAUGAAGAGGAUGAGGAUGGGCAUGGAGGGGAGGACAACGGGCAUCUGCCCCCAGGUGGCAUGGGCAUGGGGGAAGACAUGGAGGACCAUGAGGAGGAGGAGGAGCGCGCAGCCCGGGCCUUGCGGCGCGACUUUGCACGUGGGCUGGCAGAGGAGGAUGAGGAGGAGGAGGAUGGGGAUGAGGACGAUGAUGAUAUGGAUGAGGAUGAGGAGGAGGCUGAUGAGGAGGAUUUGGAGGACUGGGAGGAGGACGUCGGGAGGUUUAUAGAGGUGAGGUGGCGGGACGAUGUCACGGGAGCCAAUCACGUGCAUCUGCUCGCAGGCGGUGCAGAUGUCGCCGGGUUGAUGGACCUUCCGGGGUUUAUGCAGCGGGAUGUGUUGAAUGAUCCGCUGUAUGCGGAUAUGAAUGAGCCGGUGUGGGGGUGGGGGCGGCACUUAGCGAGUCACCAGCGCAGGGCUGCGGUGAGAAGCACGCUGCAGGGCCAGCAGCAGCUGGCGCAGGGGCAGGGCGCGGGGCAGGGGCAGGCUGGCCGGAUGGGAGCAGGCCCCUUGCACGUACACCCACUGCUGGCUCGCCCAUUCGCCCCUGGGGCAGCACCGACAGACGCUGCCUCCGCGUCUGCCCCUGCCCACGCCGCUGCAGCACCGGGAUCACGGCUCUUCAACCUCCUGGCGGGGAUGCAGGGGAUGAUGGGGGGAGUGGGCGGGCCGAUGGGGGCUGGCGGGGGGGGAGGGCCAGGCAUGGAAGUAGAUGCGGCAUUUGCGAGGGAUGUGGCGUCUCUAAUGAUGGCGUAUGAGAAUCCUUUCCUGGAAGACAUGCUGCAGGCCCGGGGCCUGCUUGACCCUCGUGGCGUGGGCGGCAUGGGCGGCAUCAUGGGCGGCAUGGGCGGCGUGGGCGGCAUGGGGAUAGGGCAUCCGUCGGGAGUGGAGUUUGAUCCGGGGAGGGCAAGGGCGAUGGGGGUGAGUGGGCUGGGGCCGGUGGUGGGAGGGGCGGCGGGGCGAGGGGAGUUUGGGAGGGUGAAUCGGUGGACGGAUGAUGGGCUGCCGCAGCCUGCCGGGACGGGCGCUGCUGUUGCUCAGGCGCUGGAAAGUGGAGCAGCAGCAGCAGCAGCAGCAGACGAGGAGGAGGAUCUUCCAGAGAUCGACCCAACCUUCCUGGAAGCUCUACCGGAGGACCUAAGGGCAGAGGUACUAGCCUCCUUCCACGUGGAGCGAGCUGCCAGGCAGGCCCGCCAGAGACGCGCCCAGCUUCAGGCCGCACAGCCACAGGGGCAGGCGGGGGGAGGCGCGGCAGGGGGAGGAGCAGGGGGAGCGGAGGGCGCCGGGGGCGCAGGGGGAGCAGGGGGAGCAAGGGGAGUGGGUGGGGCGGGAGCAGGAGGAGGAGCAGCAGCAGGGUUGGGAGGGGAGGACACGGGGGAGCUGGAUCCGGAAUUCUUAGCAGCGCUGCCGCCGGACAUUCAGGCGGAGGUGCUGGCGCAGCAGCAGGCACAGCGGCUCAUGGCGGCAGCAGCAGCAGCAGGUGCGGAUGGGCAUCCUGUGGACAUGGAUAGUGCGUCUAUCAUUGCCACAUUCCCUGAGGAGCUGCGAGCAGAGGUCCUGCUGACCUCAUCGGAAGCAGUGCUGGCAUCGCUCCCGCCCGCCCUGCUGGCAGAAGCCCAGCUGCUGAGAGAGCGAGCCAUGCAGCAGCAGUACUCUGUUAGGCACCAGCACCCCGCACACCCCCACCACGCCAUCUUCGGCGGUCCCAUCCGCCGCUCUCCCGCUGUUGCUGGCGGUACCACCGCCCACCGCCGCCCGCCGCACCCGUUCGCUGUGGCUGCUGGGGAGGGCGGUGUGGGAGAAUUCACCAGGGGGUUCAUUGCCGCGGGGAUGGGGAGGAGGGAGAGGGAGAGCGCAGGGGCUGGGGCGGGGACGGGGGCGGGGGGAAGUAAAGGUGGUGGGGAAGGGGGAGAGGAGGAGAAGGCGCCUGUGGUGGAUGAGAGGGCGCUCAAGGCGCUCAUUCGCCUCCUGCGCAUCUCCCAGCCGCUGCAAAAGGCCCUGCUGCCGCGUCUACUGACCAACCUCGCCUCCCACGCCACCACCCGUGCAGCCCUCGUGCGCAUCCUGCUAGAUCUGCUGCGCCCCGAUGCCGAUCCAACGGACCAGCACCCCACAGGGCAGCAUCCAACGGACCAGAAUGCAGCAGCCGUGCCAGGUGCUGCAGCAUCUGCAGCGGAAGGCAGUCAGGCUGCACCACCUGCAGCACCUGAAACGCCUGCAGCACUCGGAGCGGCUGCAGCUGUUGAGGGUGUGGGUGAGGGUGGGGUAGCAGCAGACGGCGCACCACCACACCAGCUGUACUGCUGCCAGUCCAACGUGGUGUAUGCUCGACCGCAGUGCCCCAACAGCAUUCCUCCCCUCGUCUCUCGCCGUGUGCUGGAGCUGCUGGUGUACCUGUCGCGCCACUCCAUGGCUGCCACGCAGCUGCUGCUGCUCUUCCCCUCCGCGCUCACUCGCUUGGCUCAGCAGCAGCGGGAGGAGCGGGAGCGGGCAAAGGAACGCAAGGGCAAGGCGAAGGUGGCGGAAAUAACAGAGGAUUCUGCAGGGGGAGUGGCAGGAGGAGCAGCAGGAGGAGCAGCAGGAGGAGCGGCUAAAGCAGAGGAGUCGGUGGAGACGGGUCCGUGCAACGCCGCUUGUCUAGGUCCGUGCAACGCCACAUGUCUAGGUCCGUGCAGGGCAGUGCAGCUGCUGAGUCUCAUGGAGGUGGUAGUUGGCACAGCAGCAGAGUCAACUUUCACGGCACAACCCCCUGCCCCCGCUGCUCCACCCGCUCCCCCAGUGCCCAUCCCAGUGACAGUCUUCCUCCGCAUUCCCCACCCUGACCUCCGCAUUCUCUCCCAGCUGCUCGCCCAGGAGGGCCUCUCAGACGCCUCCUACUCGCGUGCUGUGGCUGUGCUGAGGCUGGUUACUGCUGUGGUUCCCAAGUACCGCGCACUGUUUGUUGCUGACCUGGCAGCGGCGGCACGCCAGCUCAGCUCGCCGGCCACGCGGGAGUUGCUAGAGGUGGUGGAGGGGGCGGAUGGUGGGGAGGGUGGGGGAGAGGAGGGAGCAGGUGCAGGAGCAGGAACAGGGGCAGCAACGGAGAGUGAGAGAGCGUCUAUGGAAGGGCAGGAAGCAGCAGCACCUGCAGCACCAUCAGCGCUAGCUGCUGUAAGCGGCAAGCCAUGGGGGCUGACGAGAGCAGGAGCAGCCACUCUCCGCGUCCUCAAGACCCUCACCUCGCUCCUCUCACAACCCGCCUCCUCCCUCCCACCCGCCUGGGAUGGCGACUCCCCCUCAGGACCGGCAUCCGAGGCAGAAUGCCAGGCUGUCAUUGCAGACCUGGUCACGUCGCUCCACCCUCUCUGGCAAGUCCUAUCCGAGUGCUGUGGCAAGCUUGAGGCUCGGUACAAGAAACACCCGGCCCUGUCCGCUUCGGCCGGACCUGCAGGUUCGGCGGCGGAGGGUGCGGCAGGCGUGGGAGGAGGGGCGGCAGGGGGAGGUGCUGUGCCGCCGCUGCCAUCAGCAGCACAGCAACUGUUACCAUUCGUGGAGUCGUUCUUCGUGUUGUGUGACAAGACAAGCAGCAAGGGGAAAGAGCGCCACCGGCGCCUGCUCAACGCGUUCGUACGCGGCAACCCAGCGCUUCUAGAGCGGUCCUUUGCAGUGCUGCUCAAGUGGGCGUGGGUGCUGGACUUUGACAACAAGCGCGCUUACUUCAGGGCGAGGAUGAGGCAGCUGCAUGAGCAACCGCAUUACGGGACUCUGAGGAUUACGGUCAGACGGCCGUACAUUCUUGAAGACUCGUACAACCAGCUGCGCAUGCGCACAGCAGAGGAGCUGAGGGGGAGGCUGAACGUGCACUUCCAGGGAGAGGAGGGCAUCGACGCAGGGGGGGUGACGCGCGAGUGGUACCAACAGCUGUCGCGUGUGGUGUUUGACAAGGGCGCUCUGCUCUUCACCACUGUCGGCAACGACACCUCCUUCCAGCCCAACCCUAAUAGUGUGCUGCAGCCGGGUCAUCUCUCCUACUUCAAAUUCGUCGGCCGCGUGGUGGCAAAGGCAUUGUACGAUGGGCAGCUAUUAGACGUGCACUUCACGCGGUCGUUCUACAAGCACAUCCUGGGCGUGAAGGUCACGUUCCAUGACAUAGAGGCCAUCGACCCGGACUAUUACAAGAACCUGCAGUGGAUGCUCGAGAACGACAUCAGUGACAUCCUGGACCUCACGUUCAGCAUGGACGCGGAUGAGGAGAAGCGCAUUCUGUACGAGCGCACUGAGGUAACCGACCAUGAGCUCAUCCCAGGGGGUCGCAACAUACGAGUGACGGAGGAGAACAAGCAUGAGUAUGUGGACGCUGUGGCCGACUACCGCAUGACGGCUGCCAUUCGCCCGCAGAUCGCCGCAUUCAUGGAGGGAUUCACGGAGCUCAUACCCAAGGACCUCAUCGCCAUGUUCAACGACAAGGAGCUGGAGCUGCUCAUUUCUGGACUGCCUGAGAUUGACAUUGACGACCUGCGCAGCAACACAGACUACACGGGGUACACAGCAGGGUCACCACAGAUCCAGUGGUUCUGGGACGUGGUGGCUCAUCUCUCCAAGGAGGACCGUGCUCGCCUGCUGCAAUUCGUCACUGGCACGUCCAAGGUUCCGCUGGAGGGAUUCAAGGCGCUGCAAGGGCUGUCGGGGCAGCAACGCUUCCAGAUCCACAAGGCGUAUGGCGACAACAAGAGGUUGCCCUCCGCUCACACAUGUUUCAACCAAUUGGACCUGCCGGAAUACAGCACCAAGGAGCAGUUACAGGAACGACUACUACAUCCUUUGAGAAUGGCUGCUACCGUCGCUACCUCCUCCAAGGUGGUCGUCGCGCCCCGCGCGGCCCUUUCCCAGGGCAGCAGCGCUGGCUCCAGCUCUGUCAGGGCGUCCGCUGGCAUCAGGUCCUUCAACGGCCUGGUCGCUGGUAACAAGGACAACCAGAAGUUCGCCAACAUUUUCGCCGUUGAGCACGACAUCCAGUCCGCCGUCGCCUCGCACGUCGCCAAGGCGGGCAAGGGCACCCGCGGUGUGGUGACCAUGGCAAAGAAGAGCGUGGGUUCGCUGACGGAGGCGGACCUCAAGGGCAAGCGCGUGUUCGUGCGCGCGGACCUGAACGUGCCGCUCGAUGCGGACUUCAAUAUCACUGACGACACGCGUAUCCGUGCCGCCGUGCCCACCAUCAAGUACCUCAUGGAGAAGGGCGCUAAGGUCCUCCUCACCAGCCACCUGGGUCGCCCGAAGGGUGUGACUGAGAAGUUCCGCCUCAACCCGCUCGUGAACCGUCUGUCGGAGCUGCUGGGCAUCAAGGUCGUCAAGACCAACGACUGCAUCGGCGAGGAGGUCGAGAAGGCCAUCGCCGCGCUCCCCAACGGCGGCGUCGUUCUCCUCGAGAACGUGCGCUUCUACCCCGAGGAGGAGAAGAACGUCAAGGAGUUCGCCGAGAAGCUCGCCGCCAACGCCGACCUCUACGUCAACGACGCGUUCGGCACGGCGCACAGGGCGCACGCCUCCACCGCCGGAGUGACGGAGUUCCUCAAGCCCUCCGUCGCCGGGUUCCUCCUCCAGAAGGAGCUUGACUACCUCGAUGGCGCCGUCACCAGCCCCACCCGCCCCUUCGCCGCCAUCGUCGGUGGCUCCAAGGUGUCGUCUAAGAUCGGCGUGAUUGAGUCCCUCCUCGCCAAGUGCGACAUUCUGCUGCUGGGCGGUGGAAUGAUCUUCACCUUCUACCGCGCACUCGGGUACAAGACCGGCGCGUCGCUGGUGGAGGAGGACAAGGUGGAGCUCGCGACGAGCCUGAUCAAGAAGGCCGAGGAGAAGGGCGUGAAGCUGCUGCUGCCCACCGAUGUCGUCAUCGCCGACAAGUUCGCCCCUGACGCCAACUCCCAGAUCGUGUCGGCCAAGGACAUCCCCGAGGGCUGGAUGGGUCUCGACAUUGGCCCUGACUCCGUCAAGACGUUCAACGAGGCGCUCGACACCUCCAAGACCGUCAUCUGGAACGGCCCCAUGGGCGUGUUCGAGUUCGACAAGUUCGCCGUCGGUACCGAGGCUGUCGCGAACAAGCUCGCGGAUUUGAGCGGCAAGGGCGUGAUCACCAUCAUUGGUGGCGGUGAUUCCGUGGCGGCUGUUGAGAAGGUGGGAGUGGCUGAGAAGAUGAGCCAUAUCUCCACUGGUGGCGGUGCCUCCCUGGAGCUUCUCGAGGGCAAGGUGUUGCCAGGUGUCGCUGCUCUCAACGACGCCUAG